AUGCCUACGCUUAGCUAUAACAGAGCUAGACGGAGAAAGAAGCGCGACGAGGAAAAAGCGACCUUGAGAAAGGAGCACAUCGCCUGCAACGACCCUGAGCCCGUCAAGGCUGCGACAUUGAGUCCUGUGUCUAGCUCGGAGAGCUUUGAAAACAUAUACCUCGACCUGUCGAAGCAGCCUGGGAAAUGCAAGCUCGCGGAGAGUGGCAUGGGCUGGAAGCCGUCUGGCGGCGGCGACACUUUCACCCUGGACAAGAGCAAUAUCGGUGCUGCCGAAUGGAGUCGAGCUGCAAAGGGCUACGAGCUGAAGAUAUUCUCACGCACAUGCGGGGUCAUCCAGCUUGACGGCUUCGAGCAAGAGGACUUCGACCGAGCUGGUAAAGCGUUCAAGAUCUGGUAUGGCGUCAACCUUACGAACAGAGAACACGCCCUCCGCGGCUGGAACUGGGGAAAGGCCGAAUUCGGAAAAUCUGAGCUCAGCUUCAAUGUUCAGAACCGUCCUGCGUUCGAAGUCCCGUACUCGGAAAUCUCAAACACAAAUUUGGCUGGCAGGAACGAAGUCGCAGUGGAAUUUUUCUUGCCUACGGAUGUUGUUGCGAAUGGCGUCAAGGAGCAGCCUGCGGGCAGCACGAAGAACAGAGGUCGCAAGGCCGGAGUCGGUAGAGACGAGCUUGUAGAGAUGAGGUUCUAUAUUCCGGGCACAGUGGCGAAGAAGGAAGAAGGCGAUGAACCAGCUGAAGGUGACGAGAAUAAGAGUGCAGAUGGAGAAGAAGAGGUCGAGGAGCAGAAUGCUGCCAACUUAUUUUAUGAGACGCUUAUGGAUAAGGCUGAGAUUGGUGAUGUUGCCGGUGACACAUUUGCUACGUUCCUUGACGUGUUGCAUCUUACUCCCAGAGGUCGAUUCGACAUGGACAUGUACGAAAACUCAUUCCGACUUCGUGGUAAAACAUACGACUAUAAGAUCCAAUAUCAAUCCAUUAAGAAGUUCUUCUUGCUUCCCAAGAAUGACGACACUCACACCCUUAUUACUCUCGGCUUGGACCCGCCGCUUCGACAGGGUCAGACACGAUACCCGUUUCUGGUGAUGCAGCUGAAGCUAGAUGAUGAAAUCAGCAUUGAUUUAAAUAUGACCGAUGAACUACUACAAUCUCGAUACAAGGACAAGCUCGAAGCUCACUAUGAGGAGCCCAUCCACCAAGUCGUCACAAAGGUCUUCCGAGGACUUUCGGGGAAGAAGGUCAUCAUGCCCUCCAGAGACUUCGCCAGUCACCACGGCCAUAGCGGCGUGAAAUGUUCUACCAAGGCGAACGAAGGUCUCUUAUUCUGCCUGGACAAGAGCUUCAUGUUCGUACCAAAGCCAGCCACCUACAUUCAAAUAGAGAACAUAUCCGUCAUCACGAUGUCUCGAGUCGGCGGUACCGUUUCCGCCAGCCGCACCUUUGAUAUCACGAUGACCCUGAAGGGAGGACAGGGAGAACACCAAUUCAGCAAUAUCAACCGUGAGGAGCAACAACCCCUAGAAGACUUCUUCAAGGCCAAAAACCUUCGAUUCAAGAACGAGAUGGUUGAAGAGGCUUCUACCCUCAUCGCAACUGCUCUUGAGAACGACCAAAUGAUGGACUCCAGCGACGAUGAUGCCGAGGUUCAAGAAGACCGUGGCUCCGCGGCGGAAGACUCAGAAUCACCAGAUGAAGACUUCGUAGGCGACUCUGACUCUGACGUGGCCGAGGAAUUCGACUCAGAUCACGCCAGCAGUGGCGGAGAUAGUGACGCUGAGAUGGAAGAUGCCGACAAGGAAGAAGUCGAGCGACCAAAGAAGAAGACCAAGAUUCAGAAAUAA